AUGACCAUAUCCUACAGCCUGAAGGUGUCGGAGGCUAGGUUAGGGGGUUUCCCGAAGCUCUUGCUGCGGUGGAAGGCCAGCAUCUACAAGCUCCUGUACAAGGAGAUGGCGAUCUUCGUGUCCCUCUACAGCGCGCUGAGCGGCGUGUACCGUUUCGCGCUGACGGAGGAACAGAAGAGAACGUUUGAGAAGAUCACGCUGUACUGCCACCAGUACUCGGACCUGAUUCCCGUGUCGUUUGUUCUCGGGUUUUACGUGUCUAUCAUCUACACGCGGUGGUGGAACCAGUACAUGAACCUGCCGUGGCCGGACCGGGUGUCAGCGCUGAUCGGGUGCGCGGUACACGGCAGGGACGAGCGCGGCAGGCUCAUCAGAAGGACCAUGGUCCGAUACCUCAACCUCUCCUCGGUCCUGAUCCUCCGCAGCGUCAGCACAGUGGUCUACAAGAGGUUUCCCACCAUGAACCACGUCGUAGACGCAGGUUUCAUGUCCGUAGCUGAACUUAAGGAGUAUGAGAAUGUGGACUCGCACCACAGCAAGUUCUGGGUCCCGCUCAACUGGUUCUGUAACCUAGCAACCGUGGCGCGGCAGGAGGGCCGUAUCAGGGACGACUUCACCUUCCAGGCCUUGAUAGAGGAGGAAAACAAGAUGCGGCAUUGCCUGGGCAUGCUGUACAGCUAUGACUGGAUCAGCGUGCCACUAGUCUACACACAGGUAGUAACAGUAGCCGUCUACACGUUUUUCCUGUCCUGCCUGAUGGGGCGGCAGUACCUGGACCCGUCGCAAGGGUACGAGUCGCACGAGGUGGACCUGUACAUCCCGGCAUUCACCAUACUGCAGAUGUUCUUCUAUAUGGGAUGGCUCAAGGUGGCAGAACAGCUGAUCAACCCAUUUGGUCAGGACGAUGAUGACUUUGAGGGGAACUGGUGCAUCGACAGGAACUUACAGAUCUCGUACCUGGCAGUAGACGACAUGUACCUGUGUCACCCGCCCCUGGAGAAGGAUAUUUACUGGAACCAGCCUGACCCGGACCUGCCCUACACACAGGCGGCUCUCAGCAGCAGGACAACCUCAUUCCUGGGGUCCACGUUUGAACUAAGGCUGAACAAAGGCGACAUGGAGUUUAAGCGCAUGCCUCCCCUGGAGGAGUGUCCCCGCUCAGGUAACUCCAUCAAGCGUCGCUCCGCCAACUUCACCCGGGCCUUCAUCGACUCCAUCCUGUCUCGCAGCGGGUCCACCGUCUCGCUGAAGAGCUCCGCGCCGGGCACCCCGACCUCCCACUCCGCAAGCAACACGCUCAGGAAGCCGUUCUCACCCCGCAAGCUGCACGCACACACAGGGGACAGCUACACGGAGCUGAGAGCGCUCGGCAUCAUGCACAAGACGGACUCACAGGAGUCACUGGUGUCGCCGGACUGUGGCGGGAGUGGGGAGGGGGGCGACGGUGUGAACAGGUCUCCUACCGGAAGGGACGGCCAGUUUUCCAUCCCCAUCAGCCCCAGACCCGCCCAUGACCACACUGACGACACCAACGUGACGAUACCGGAGGGGACACCAACAGUCUCCGCCAGGGAGCACCUCGCCGUCCCGCAGCCGAUUCGGCAUCUCAGGAAGAUGUCAAAGUCGGUCUCGCAUCUUGUCGACCCUCCUCGGUACCCGACCGACGCCAAACACGGCUACAGACGCUCCAGCGACAACAUCGCGUCCAUGGCGAACUCGGGACAGUUCAGGGGCGCCACGACAUCUUCCGACUACUUCUCUAACGACAAGAUUUCAGCGACGGCGACGAAAGAUGCAGUCUUCUAUCCAGCAGUGGUUUCUCAGGAGCAAGCUGCAGGCAGGUUAGUCGGUAGUCUGACAGGACCGGCCGUGAGCAGUCUUCCCGCGGAGGGUAAACCCGAGACAGGCCGAGUGACGCCGUACCGGGCCCGCAAGCCGUCCGGACCGACGCCCGCCAGGCCUAAAGGCGUGAAGUGGGUGGUGUACGACGAGGAGUGUGAGGUGGGGCAGCUGAGUAGCGACAGCGGGCGCGGGUCGGUGAAGAGUCUGCGGGACUUGUGUCUCCAGAUCGAGCCGCCAACAGGAACGGGGAACGCCACGGGGACGGGGAACGCCACGGGGUCUGCGAAGACUAACGCUUUUGGUAAAGACUCGAAAAGUGCGGAAACCACCAAGGUAGAGAUCUAG